AAAAUUGAAAACAUAAGAGUAGUGAUGAAAAUUAAAGAGAGUGAGGAACAAAAGCACUUACAAGAUAGGGUCCAUGAGUGAAAUGUCUCAAGUAGACUCAAGAUGUGAUAUUCAUCUUUCUCCAUGCACUGCACCAACACUUGUUUCUUUUCCUUCACCCUUCUUCACCGCCCCCUUGCUCUUCUGCCCUAUUUCUCAAACCCAAAUUAAUUCUCGAAAAAAACCUAAUAUGUCAGCUCAUGAAAUUAAACCUAAGGAUUUCGCGGAAGGAUCCUCGACGCGAUCAGAACACAAUCAGCAACUAGUACCAGCUCCAGCUCCUUUGAGUAGGUAUGAGUCACAAAAACGUCGAGAUUGGAACACUUUUGGGCAGUACUUGAAAAAUCAAAGGCCGCCGGUCUCACUAUCACAGUGUACUUGCAACCAUGUACUUGAGUUCCUUAGAUACCUAGAUCAGUUUGGAAAGACAAAGGUUCAUUUACUGGGGUGUAUUUUCUACGGACAGCCAGACCCUCCGGCUCCUUGUACUUGUCCUCUUAGGCAAGCUUGGGGGAGCCUUGACGCGCUCAUCGGACGCCUGAGAGCUGCCUAUGAAGAGAAUGGCGGAUCACAAGACAAAAAUCCGUUUGGAAAUGGAUCUAUUCGCGUUUAUUUACGUGAAGUCAAGGAUUGUCAGGCUAAAGCUAGAGGAAUUCCAUACAAGAAGAAGAAGAAGAGGAAGCUUCCGAGCAAGGCAAAUGAACAAGAAGUUAAGUUCUCCAAACAAUCGGCUUAAAGUUACAUCCCUAAUUCAGCUUCGUUUCUCCCCAACAAUCAUGGAGUCGCAUUUGAUCUGCAGCUAGCUCUGGGUAAGACGGACGCCAAGUGUCAAAGUAAGAAAAAAUUACAGAUUCGCAAAUGUGCUUUCAUUCUUCACUCCCUCGCAGUCGCAGAUGAAACAGAUUCAAGUAUUUAUAGUGUAGCUAGCUGCUUUUCAAAACCAAAUAUGUAUAACAUUGAUGCUAGUCGAUCCGUCCUAAAUGUAGGUCUGUCAUUUUAAUCAUCUGCAUGUAGAACUAUAUGAUACUGUAAACUAAAUAUUCUAGUUCAAUUUUAGUAUUUAAGUAA